UACUAUCUUACAUCUUGUUAACAACAUCGGCGCACCGCGUCCGCGUGUGUUCGCGAUAAAUUAAUCAUUGAAUUUUAUAAAAGGAAGCUUACAGUUGUCCCGAAUUUAUCGAAACUAAGUAAUAAAUGAACCUAUUGUUCAUUCUUAAAUAAUCAAGUCCGUGUCGUCUUGUUUCUCCAGUUAUUAACGUACAGCCGCGUCGAGUUUAACCUCAAAUUGAAGAGCGAGGAGUCUGUUGAGGAGAUUUGUAAAAGGGACGUCUCGCACGCAAAUCUGAGAUCGGGAAGAGAUGAAAGGCGCGAUGACGAUAUUUAGAAAUAUACGGAUCAGCGAGUUUGCCGCGGCGUUUCGCACCUGCUACAGAAAAUAUAAUACCACAGAAAAUUACACGACGACAAAGGAGAAGGUGGUCCAUCCGUACUGUCGAAUUCACCCGUGGAAAUCGGAGGACGAAUUUGCGAAAGAUUUGCUGAAAAACAUUAUUUACAAUAAAGAUGGAAUAAUUGCAAUAAACAAACCAUAUGGUAUACCCUUAUUGCCUGGUAAGAUCCAACAACGAAUUUCACCAAAUGUACGAAAACAAACUCACAAGAUUGUAGGAGCGUUAGAUUAUACUGUAACAGAUGCUUUGCCAUAUCUUAAAUCAGAAUUAAACGUACCGGAUUUAAUACCAUGCCUAGGAUCAGAAAUGUAUAUGAGUGGUGUAUAUAUUUUUGGAAUUAACGAAAAAAUAGUCGAACAGUUAAAAACUGCGAGACACCGAACUCAGGGUAAAUAUAGGAAAUAUUGGGUAGUCACGAUCAGAGUUCCAAAUGAGAUCAAAGGAAAUUAUCGUUUGGCAAUGACUCUAAAAAAGUCUGUAUUAGGAGAGAAAAAGCCUAUUAUGUUGACUCAGUGGAGUAACAACGCGGUGAAGAGGAAUGAAGUCAAGAUAAUGAACAUAGAUCAUAAAGUCUUAACCAAUUCGACACACAACUUGAGUUCGCUAAUAGAAAUCCAGGCGUCCGCGAGAAAGUGGAAUGGCGUUAGGUUGUUCGCUUCCACUAUGCUGUAUGCCCCGAUUCUCGGGGAUAAUAUUCACGGAUCGCGAAUCCAAGAACUCAUGGGUACAUGGUUGAAAGUCGAUCCAUUCGCCGAUUCCUGUUGGGAUUUGCCAAAGGUAAAUAAACAGCUGCUAGAUCUGUUAAACGUGGCGCCAAGUAAACAAGAAAUUAUUCCGGCACACAUACAUCUGAGAAGUGUGCACCUAAUCUAUGGCAAAGAGCAAAAAGAUAUAACAAUAGAAGCACCUCUGAUCGAUCCGUUCUAUUGGACCUGCAAGCAGCUUAAGUUUAAGUUGCCGGCUGAAGCAGAGGACUCUGUUACGGAUAAUGUAGAAGAGUUAGCUUCUAUGAAGCACACGUAAUGUUAAUUAACCUCACACCCAUUUUUCGCUGAAUAUUACAAUUGUAAUAAAAAGGACUUUAAUUAAAUUGACAAUAUUUAAUUA